CGUCCGUGCUUUGUUUCUCGCCCUCAUCAUCUCUCAUCCAACAGUGCUUGAACCGCCUUUUCCGGCUCUUCCAGUCGUGCUAUGACUUCGCAGGCCACCGGGAACGGGGUCGUUGGCAUACUCUGGGACUAUGAGAAUGUCCCACUUCCGAAGGGAUACUCUGGCUACGGUGCUGUCCAGAGGAUACGCGACAUUGCGUUGCAAUACGGCACUAUCAAUCUCUUCAAGGCAUACAUGGAAGUGAAGGGGCACGCCACGAAUGUCCGCGCCGAGCUCCAAAUCUCUGGCGUCUCGCUCACAGAUACUCCGCACGUCGGCUACAAGGAUGUCGCUGACCAAAUGCUUCAAGUCGACAUGCUUGUAUUCGCGUGGGAUAAUCCGCCACCCACUACCAUUGUCCUCAUUUCCGGUGAUCGAGACUUUGCCUAUGCGGCGGCCAUCCUGCGCAACCGCAACUUCAGGAUAGUAAUCAUUUCGCCCGCGCAGGCGGUCACCUGUCUUCGCGAGCAAGCGACGCAUGUUUACGACUGGAGGACUGAAGUGCUCGGAACAUCCGCCAUCCCGCAACGCAUUCAUCCGAGCUUGCUACCAAAACGCCCUGUGCCGGGUUCUUCGCAGCAGCGGGUUGCCGUUCGAGACAAGGCCACCCUUGCUCAGCAAAAUGUAGAUGCCUGGCAAUCCGGUACCCUCGCAGCGUCUUCUACGACUGGCAACUGGCGAACUGCGCAACGCCCUGCUGGUGCUAACCAGCAGCUUCAGCAGGCAAGGCCUUCGUCGUCCUCGGUGGCAUUGACUAUCGCCGCUCGUGCGCUCAUCAACAGUCGAUUAGUCAACAAAACGCAACCUUCGACGUCCGUUACAAGGGUUGAUGAAGCCCGCGCUCAGACUUUCCAACUACCUAGCGCUCCCGUCGAAGUGUCAACUUCGUCAUUACAGCCACAGACGCAGCGAUUUCCUUUAGACACGGGCAAGAUCGAUCUUUUACUUUCCACCUUAUCAAACGGCGGAGCAAAACAGGCAUUGCCUGCAUCGGCACGCCAGCCAGAAACGCCUGAGGUUCAGAUUGUCCCGCAAUCGUCUUCGCUUGCCGACGCGAUUCUUGUAGAGCCAUCUGCGCCAGGGCCCAGCGUCAAGGUCACAGCCGCUCAUGACAAUCUCUCGCUAGCACCACAGCCUGCAGCCGCACGAUCAAGGUCGGCGAGCGUUAUACUACUAGAAGAGGGCAAGCGCGACCCGAUUGUCAUCUCGAUACCCAAGAACAGCAAGAACCUUGCCCAGUUUUCGGCUCAGGCAUCGUCGUCUUCGAUGCCUUUACAGGCGAUUGUCGAAGAGGAGGUGCAAGAACCUCCGCGCUCGCCGUCACCGCCACCGACUCCGAUGGAAGGGAUCGAGGCUGGAUGCGACAUGGGCGAAGCGGACAUGGAUCUUGAUUCGUCUUUACCGUCCUCGCCCACGAGAUUGCAGCAUGGCAAGGAUUCUGAGCAGCAAAAAACCGACGGUUCGGACCGGCAACUUGAAGCAGGGUCGAGCACCGCAAUUAUCCGCGACAGUGCAGAGCUCGCAAGGCAAAAGGCUGUCGAGGUUGCGAACCGCUUGACGGCUUCGGCUAAAGCUGAGGCGCGGAAGGACGAUGUCCCGGGACAGCAGAAGACCGCCCAAGGCAUGUCCAUGGAUCUCGACAUACAACAUCCCAAGCCAGAAGAUGCUCAAGCUGAACGCGAGCGUGCGAUAGCACGCGAACGUGAAGCCGCUGCACGGGCGCGCGAAGCGGCUGCAGCUUAUGUGCUGAAGAAGGCCGUGGCGCCGUCCGCCGACUCGCAGGCAGCAGGGCCUUCUCGACAGCAGGCACGCCGUCCUUCUCUGUAUGAGAGGCUGACGAGUCCCGAAGGUCUCAGGAGCAACGCGAACAACCAGCAUUAUCGUCCGGAGCGCGCCCCAAGCCCAGGUUCUCGGCGACGGCGCUCUUCGCGCUCGCGUUCACCUUCGCCGAUGCUCGUCGACGGACGGCAAGAGUAUUGGCGCCCGCCUUUGCAAGGCACUUGCGUGAACAACAACGACUUUGGGGACGACGUUAUCUGGAUGACGGGCGACGAGACAUACUGGGAGCGCGUCUCGCGCGGCACCUGGGACACUCGCAACGCACGCUCGAGGUCGCGGUCGGCGAGUCCGAAACGCAGGGGCGGGUCCGCGCUGCUGCCGCGUAGUCCGUCGAGGACCUCUCGCGCUGUUGGCAAGCGGCGAGCCUCGGUUUCUGUGCGCGAGCGGACCCCACCGAGAGGUAGGUCCAGGACGCCGACGGCGCGUGCGCGGUCGUCGUCGCCCAUGGGUUCGCCGGUGCACAGGCUGCCUCCAGCACGAUCGGCGUCAACGUUGCAGGUGCCGACGGGGCCGCCGGCGAGGUCGAGGUCGAAGUCGAACACGCCGUUUGUGCCUCCACAGGUGGCGAAGAAGACGGAGGUAAAGGGAAGGGCGCCGCCGCGGUUUGUCAAGGCUACGGUGACAGCGAUGAACGGGACUGCGUCCUCUUCCUCUUCGGCUACGCCUCUAGCGCAAGCCCCGGCGGCUACUCAGCCUGCGCCCGAUGCGUCGAAGUGGAAGCCGCUGAAGGAGAUCGUGAAUGUGGAGGGCACGUCGUUGCCAGCGAAACCAGUAUCGACGUCGACUUGGGUGUCCGCUAUGGCCGCUGGGCAAACAAUAUUGCCCGCAGCGCCGUCUUCACUGGCCAGCAAGCCGGGUCCGAUUUCGACGACAGCAACGAGCACUUUGCAACCGAAGGCAAGUGCGGGACCGAAGACCCUGGCCACGGUUAAGGAGGAACUGGCCCCGAAGAUGACCACCGCGGCUAAGACGAAGGCCGGCGCGGACGCGGUCAAGACCUCGACGACGACAGCGACACUCCGAGUAACAACUACGACGACGGCGACGGCACCCGCGGCGACGGGUACGACAGCUGCAACGAGCGAGCCCGGGGUACGCUUCAAGCCGCUCAUCCAGGCAUUGCAAGCUUUCCUGGCGGAGGGCAAGUUCGGCCCGUCGCGCAGCGUGCUGGCCAUUCGGCUUAUGCAGUUCGACAAGGAUGCAUAUGGCCAUGCGGGCCUGCGGAACUUCAAGCAGUACAUCGAGGUGGCGGCGCAGGAGGGGAUCGUGUACGAGGGGAUAUAUCAGGGAGUGCAGUGGGUGGCUUUGGAAGACGAGUGGACGGAGGUGAAGUUUUGAGGCAGGGCCGUGGCCCUUUUCGAGGGGACGGGAGGAGGGGCGAAGGAGCUGGAGGGGAAGAAAGGACUAGUCCAGCAUUGAGUUGGAGGACGAUCAUGGCAUCCGGACGGACUUUGGAACAAUCAUGCUUUAUGCACUAGCGACACCAUACCACUCUUAUGCGAUACCUGUAUCAUAUGCACUCGCCAUUCAUGCGUUUUCAUCCGGA